AUGGACCCUUCUGAGCUUACGAAAUCGUCUGAAUCUCAAGUUACCGACCACAACAACCAUGCUUCUACAAACUUGUCAUUGUCGUCGAAUUUUUCGGAUCAAGGCCGAAGUGCGGCGACAUCACAUCCAUCCAUAUCUUUUUCUGGUUCCUCAGUUCUCAAAAAUGCUGCAGCUGCCUCGAAUAUCUCCAAUCCGCUUGACUUAUUCAAUACUACAGUUCCUCCGCACACAACUCCUUCCGAAGGUUUCUCUGGGCUUCAAGGGCAACAAGGGAUCCUGAACUUUGUCAAUCCUUUUCUUGACAUACAUGCACAUAGAGCUCCCCCUAAGCAUGCACUUCACUGGAAAGUUGCAGAAAUUGAUCGUCGUAACGCGUCCCCAUCACCAUCAGUACUCUCAACAUCACAAGAUCCUCCGCUCGAGAUACAGACAGCACCCAUUCCGUUUCCAUAUCCACAGGCACAAGUUGCACCGAUUCAAUCUCCAUUUACGGAGGCAAAGCCAUCAAGCUUCAGCAUGGCCAACACCGCAAGACUAAAAUUGACGAAACCCACGGGUUGCAUUGAGAGGGACGCAGCUCCAUUCCAACCAUCUAGAAGCAGAGAUCCCUACUCACGAGUAGAAGACGUAUUUCAAAACAUCUGUUUUCAACCUGAUUACUUGUGUCAUUCUUCUGAGGAGUUGAAAUUCGAUAUCCUAGAGGCUGACACCAAAUUAAUUGCUACGUCUCCACCGACGAUUGCUUUACCUCGAGCACAAUUUGGCCCAUCUAAAAAUGAAGAGGUUUUGUUGGAUAGGGAAUACACUGAGUCUGAGGUCGAGCAGCUGCUAGAUAAUCACCCAUUGUUUAUACAGGCUGUGGCUAGGAGAAUCAAAAGAGCGAGUGGAAUGGCCGGAAGUUUCUGA